AUAGUACAGCAAAGAAAGAUACCCCGGAAACAACCAUACCAAUCCCAAUCCCUCAAGAACCAAAAGAGACAACUCAUGGGCAAAAGAGCCAAGAACUAUGGAGUGACGAGGUGGAAAGAGUAGUGGCAGAAACCUCCACACAAAAAGACCGAACACAACAAGAGGCAAGCAAAUUCAUCAGAAUCGAUGACUCGGAUGCAGAAAUGGAAGAAAUGGAAGCAGACAACAACAACUGGAGAACCAAGACAGACGAAGAGCAAUGGACAACACUCA